UUUCGCAAUUCAGUUCCUCAGAGCUUUCACCGGUCAAGCUUCCUUCUCACUAUCCAGCCCUCCGAGUCAAGUGAGUUUCCCCUUCCAUCUCUACUCUCUUUCCCGGUCAUGUCGUCUCUUAGCGGUAGGGUUUCUUCCUCAGAGGGCUGCUCCUCUGAGGACUCCAACUCAUCUUCCUCGACCGGGUCUUCUUCCCCUGACUCCACGCCCGGUCAGGUUCCCAACUCCAUUCCCGACCCGCAACCUGUUAAUCAGGUGCCCGGUGAUGUUUUCAUGGGGAGGGAUGACCCGGUUGAUGACGAACCGGGUCCCUAUGACCCUGAAAACGAAACCCGGGAUGCGUGGGAGGAGCGGCUUCACGCUGCCGGUUACUUUCCGCUCCCCACCUUCUACGUCCUUGACAUCCCCUCCCACGUAUCCAAAAUCGCCUUGAAUAAAAUUCGUAGGAGGCUCCCGGAUGGGUAUACCCUCUUGUAUGAACCUAACUGGCCCAACAUUGUUGAACCCCACCGGGAGGAUAGGAUAGGGUUCCACACCAUAUCACUGGACGCGGGCAUCGUCUUUCCCCUUCGCCCCCUCCUAACUGAAGUCUGCCAUGCGUUUAGGAUUUUGCCCGGUCAGAUAACUCCUAACGCUCACCGGUAUCUCCAUUCCUUUAUAAAUAUUUGCUCCCAUCACAAAAUUGAGCCCUCCUUGCGUCUUUUUCUUUUCUGUUUUGAGGUCCUACCGGGCGGAACCGGCUGCGAAGGCUUCGUGUACUUCAAAGGUCGAACCGGUAGGAAAUUUAUCUCUGACGUCCCCCAAAGUAACCGGGGAUGGAAAGAAAAGUUUGUCUUCAUUGAGUUUCCUCCUUUUGUCACUCCUUUUGCCGGUUUAAAAUGGAACGACCACCUUCUUAACCAUGAGUACGCCACACCGGCCACCUCCCCUGACUUGGAAGCGAGUGUGGAAAUCCUUAUUCGUGGUGAUCCAUUCACCGGGAGGAAGUAUAAUUAUGGAAGCUGGGUCUGGAGGGUUGAAUCGGGUGGUGAGGGUACCGCCCAGGCUCAUGACGCAGCGGGGCGCGGGACAUGGAGUUCGAGGAGUAUGGCAUGCCCGAAGAUAAGCCAGAAGGAGAGACCGGUGGUUCUUAGACUGGGGAAGGACAAAGAAAAGACCGGGCGUCGUCAAAAGAAGGUGGCCACAACCCACCCCUUUUAUGCCAAGAAAAGGGCGAGGUCGGAUUCUGAGCCGGCCUCCCAGACCAUUGAAGAGGCUUUUGUCAACCUGGGCCUGAGGCUGAAGGAGAAAGGGGAAAUCGGGCCCCAUGCAGUUGAACAGCUGGGGAUGGGAUCUCCUUCGGAGAUUGCCCGGCUAAGGAAGGAAAAAGAGGAGAUGAACCUGAUUUUGAAGAAUCAGGCAGAUGAGCUGAUCCGUCUGUCUGGUAUGGCCGGGACAAUGAAGGCGGAGAUCUCCCAGCUGAAGGAGGAGAACGGCCGGCUUAUGGAGGAAGUUUCUGAGGCCAAGAGGGAAAUGGCAGAGAAGGAAGAAACCUUCCCCGGGCGCGCAGCCGCCUGGGUUGAAGAGAACAAAGCCGAUGUUGCCCGGGUGAUGACGGCGACGCCGGAGGCGACCAGGGAAUCCUUCAAGUUCCUAUACCGGGAACCUGAAGGGAAAAAAAUGAUCACCGCCAUCGGAUCCUUUGGGUUCAAGAGUGGUCAAAAAAAGGACCGGAUUGCCUCUCAUCGGGUACUACUCAAAAGAGACCCGGGCUUCAGUGCUGCAUCCUACGGCUUGGCCCCCAUUCCUGAGGAAGAGCCCACUCCCCCUUUCCCUCUUGAGUAAAACUCCCCGGCUCAGACCGGUUGUUUUGUAAACUUGAAACUUCCUUCAUUUCCCCGGGAAUGACCGGUGUAGCUGUAAAACACUUAACAUUCCUAUUUUCUCUGAAUGCAUGUUUGUUUUUUGUACCGGUUAAUCUUUCAUAUCUGCUUGCUUCAUGAU